AUGCAACGAUCAAUCAUAGUUCAACUGCGACCGAUCUUUCCACAUGGCUUGAAAGGAUCAUGUUCACGUUCAGCUUCACGUUUGAUACAUACUUCGAGAUCAAUAAGAUCCCAUGAGAAUCCUCUUGGCAUACCUAGGAGGAAUCCGAAUCCUGCCCCUACGAUCCCGAGAAGAGGUGCACCACCUUCGAAAUCUCGCAUAAAAGGAGUUAAACAAAUUGUUGUCGUUGCAAGUGGGAAAGGUGGUGUUGGGAAAUCAACAGUAGCUGCAAAUUUGGCUAUAGCAUUACUCCAAACUUCUCCUCUGAAACAAUCACCUAAAAUAGGUUUAUUGGAUUUAGACAUUUUCGGUCCUAGCGUACCUAAAUUAAUGGGAUUGGAGAAUUCAGGUGAUCCACAAUUGAGUGAUGAAAACAAGUUGAUACCUUUACAGAAUCAUGGAAUUAAAACCAUGUCAAUAGGGUACUUGCUACCGCCGAACCCAGCGAACGAUUCACCUGUAGUAUGGCGGGGAAUGAUGGUGAUGAAAGCUGUUCAACAACUUCUUUUCGAUGUAGAUUGGACUUCUUACACAUCUCAUGAUGGAAAGGAAGACUUGGACGUACUGGUCAUUGAUAUGCCACCUGGAACUGGAGAUGUACAAUUGAGUUUAGGUCAAUUGGUCGAUGUCGAUGGCGCAGUGAUAGUGUCAACACCUCAGGAUGUAGCUUUGAUAGAUGCCAGAAAAGGUGUAGGGAUGUUUAACAAAGUAUCAAUACCGAUGAUAGGACUUCUGUUGAAUAUGUCACAUUUCACUUGUUCGAGCUGUACGACCCCACAUGAGUUAUUUGGUAGUUCACAGAAUUUCGAAAAUGCCGCUAAGGAUUUAGGACUAAAUGUAUUAGGUAAAUUACCAUUGGUUCCCUCAGUAAGUGACGGGGGUGAUUUAGGUAAACCAGUGAUGGUUCAAAAUCAGAUAGAAGGUGAAGAAGUUAGAAAUACUUUCAAAGAAGUAGGAAUAAAAGUUUGGGAUUGGUUGAGUACACGUGAGAUACCGAGUUUAGGGAUCAGGGGAUAA